CAACCAUUGUCCUCCCGAAACUGUGCGGUCUGACAUGUUGUGCUCGAACACGCUUUGCUAAAAUACUGGGCAAGAUGGCGGGUUCAAUUUCCACGUCGCAAAGACGGUCCAGGGCAGUAGCCACACUUACUGAAGCGCAGAUCCAGCAUAAGCGGGACAUUGAUCGCAAAGCUCAACGCGCAUUUCGGCAACGGACAAAAGAUUGCAUUUCAAAAUUAGAGCAGGAAAACGCACACAUGCGGGAGACUUUCAAAAACAGAGAAGCGGCGCUAGAACAUCAGAUCCAAGUUCUUCGCGAGCAAAAUCAAGCCCUUGUCAAGUCUCUUGAAAGCAUUCUCGGUCUUGCUUCUACAACACUGAGAGGCUCAAGUGAUGACAAUGCCAUGCGUGAAGACAGCCAUCUCGAGGAGCAGCACUCUGAGGAACAACAGAUCUGCACAAUGAACUCUCCUAUUGUUCAGACCACGGACUCAAUGUUGGUGAACGACCACGGGCGACUUUCAGCCAUUGAGUUCAAUACAGGCCACGCAGGAGAUGAUGGUAUUUCUUACCCUAGCAAUGAUGAGCCUGAUCACUCACCUAAGCAAAAUAUCUUGAAUUGUUUCACGUAUGGGAUGCCUCCUUCCGGCUUGGCACCAUCAUCCUCCGAUGUAAUGGCUGCGCGAUCUCCUGCUUCAGAACGUUUCUCACCACGUAAUACUGAUGCUGAAACAAAUCUGCGAGAAAAUCACGGCCAGAGUGGUCAUGAGGAAGUCUCGAUAUAUCAGGCUUCAGUAGCAACUCCUCUUGCCGUCCAGCGCACGCAUUCAGUCGACGAGAUUGUGGAUGUGCAAAUAUCAAGCCUUCCGCUACAAAAUACAAAAGAAGGCCAUAUCCAAAAUAAUGGUGCCAUCGCAAUCCCAACUCCGAGCAGCUUGUCGACUGUUGGCCAUAGAUCAUUCGCAGAGGAAAGCCCGAAGCACCCGAAGCACGGAGUUUUCACUGCAAUUCCCCCAUUUGCUCCAUCAGUAUGCCCAUUGGAUGAUAUUUUGCACAAUUUUUUAAGCUCUCGAAGAGCUAUGCUUGCGGAUGGUGUACCCAUGGAUGCCGUCGUUGGUCCGACCAGACCUAGCGUGAAAAAGCUAAGAAAUCCUGAGAAUAAAGAGGCACUUCAUUCUUUGGAAGAAUUGAUGUCUGAUGUGCUUUCGACGUAUCUCCAGGUGAAGACACCGGAAAAGAUGGCCUUCUUCUGGAUCAUGAAUCAAACAAUGAGGUGGAUGGUCUCUCGAACAAAAGAAAGUUAUAUGUACAUGCCCAACUGGCUAAGGCCAACAGCUACGCAAAUUACUGUUCCGCAUGCGAUAUGGAUAACCAACCUGCCGUGGCCAGGCGUUCGGGACCUGCUUAUUGAGAAUCCGGAAGAUUACCCUUAUGAGGCUGUAGGAAAGUGGUAUACGGAGAACGUGUCGAUUAAUUGGAACUUUGAUGUUCUUGAUGCUGUUGAUGAAGUUGGUGGAGCAGAAAGACUGCAUUCCAUCUUCGAAAAGCACCUUCGUAACCUCAAUAACUGGACAGUAACCCCUGCAUUCUUGGAAAGAUUUCCAGCUAUGGUACCAUUGAUUCAUGGCUGAGAUCAUUGGCCUUUCCUCAUCGAUGACUUUGACGCGAACACGCGUCGUGUAUCAGUCGGCAAGUUGGUUUAAGAAAGCUCUAUACAACACUAAAGAGUCACACUUGUUCAGGCUAAAUUUCGAACAUGACUUGCUCUUCCAUCCAAGAGAAGUUUCGCUUGCAUUGCGUACUCAGAUUUAAGACUUUCCAGGGCUGGCCUGUUGCGUAUCAUCAGACGAUGCAAAUUAGGUGGCAUUGGUCAUGGAUUAUGAGUUGGCAGUAUUUUUCUUUCUCGAAAAGUUGCUACUCUCUAGUUUAAGGCGAUAUCUACUAACUCAGUCCAUGAUUUUUAGACUCGGAAUUGUGCUUGCUUAGAACGCGUGUACACACCAGCGUGG